AUGUUUACAGAAAGCCAGAAAGAAUACCAGUGCACAUGCACAGGGUCGGAAAUCGCCAGAAACAACAACUUUUAUCGCCUCCAUUGUGGUCAUGUGUUUUGUCGCACAUGCUUGAACCAGUGCAUCAAAAGUAGCAUCAACAAUGCACAGCUUCUCAUCGAGUGCCCGAUCGAUGCUUGCAAGAAGUUCAUCACCCCAGCAGAACUAAUAGAUCUGGUUCUCGGAGACGAUAGGCGACUCAAGGAUAUUGAUGCGGAAAAACUAAGCAUCCUGGGGAACAAAACGAAAGAUGCCGUCGUCGCAGCAAAUCCAGAGUUGAAAAACUGCAUCACAGCCGAUUGCAUUGGCAUAUACUCCAAGGAACAAGGAGACACCAAGAUUCUCAAAAGAUGCACCGCUUGCCGUCGUUCCUAUUGCCGUCAGUGCCUUUCUGGAGCUCAUGAAAGAAGAACAUGUGAGAAAGCCCUGCGUGCCCAAAUUCCAGAAGAAUCUCUCAAAAUGUGGAUACAUGAGGCUGGAGAUCGAGUGAAGCAUUGUCCAAUCAAAGAAUGCAGCUGGAUGAUGGAAAAGGGAGAAGGAUGCAACCAUAUGCAAUGCCCGAAAUGCUCUAUCCAUUUCUGUUGGAUCUGUGGAUUCACUUCUGAAGAACAGGGACCUAUUUACGGUCACAUGAUGAGUGAUCAUGAAGAUAUUGGGUUAGAAAAUUAUGUGAGUUUUUAA